AGAAGUAAAGGUUUCACGCCAGCCCAUUUUCAUCCUCCCCUUUUGUACCUGGAAUCAAUUUCCUCCCAGGACGGAGAGGUCAGGCAUGCGCAUAUGGCUAGGUUUUGCAAUGCCCGGGCUAUCUAAAUCUAGGCAUUCAGCAUUCUGCGCCACAUUGCAGUUUCGAAGUGCAUACAAGUUUUGUAAAAAAGUGCUUACACUUGUUGAUUCAAUAAAUGGUAAUAAAAUUGCUUGAAGACUGGUAACUGGAAUUCUCUGAGAGAAAAAUGGCUACCAAGCAGGCUAAUACGGAUGAUAAAAAGGAAAAAAACAGCGAACCCGAAAAGGUCUGUGAGGAGCAACCAUUACCAAAAGUUGGAGCUGACAAGCAAACUGAUAAUACCAUCUCGCCGCCAAACCAACAAACCAAUGAGCCGAUACGUGAAAGCAGCGGAGGGGAUCGAAUCGAUGCUGGUCCGUCUCCUCUCGCUUUAGAUCGCAUCCAUGAAAUGUAUGUGAGAGUUUCACAACCAACUGGUUGUGAGUCUCUUUGCACUCGCAUUUUAGAAGAUUGGCCGGAUGAGGAAGAUUUUCUUCCACCAGUCGUUGAUUUUUCUGUAGAGCACAUGUUACCAGGUUGGUAUCGGUCGUUUUGCGCUUCGCCUGAUUGCCACGGUGAUUUGUAAGAAGCAGAUCCUAACUAGUAGUAAUUUACGUUCAAUGUUAAUUGUGUAAUUAAAUGCUGAUUCAUCUUUUGAUUAUGUUUACUCCAAAAUUUUCCUCAUUAAUUUAACUGGUCAUUAAGUAAUUCAAUUCCUCAUUAAUUUGAUUGAAAAAUCAGCUCUUAAUAAUAUAAGAUAGUGCGAGACAACUAUUGUAUAAUGGGUUCUUGAUUAGUAUCUACUCAUUAUAUGAAAUAUAAAUUACAAUCUUAUUUUUUACAGGUUUAAUAAAAUUUUACAUUUACGGGAAUGCAGAGUAUUAUAAUAAUUAAAUACAUGUAACUUUUUAAUAUUUCCUUUAUGUAUUUAUUACUGUAAAAAUGAAAUUUAUGUUAAAUUUCUAAGUUGAUUCAUAUAUUGUGCAUUAAAAAAUAAUAUGAUAAAGUAACUUCGGUCUAUAGAAACUAUCCUCCUGAAAGUCUCUGAUAUCAGAGUAGCGAAAGAGCCACUUAACUACCUGUAGUUCUACUUUUACAUCGAGAUAAUUAUGAAUUUUCUAUCUUUUACUGUACUUUUAAGUACAUAAAGGUUCUUUCAAUUUCGAUUUUGUCAUAUUAUAUUAUAUCAAUAAAUAAGAAAUUAGUUGUUAAGUAUAAUUAAACCAACUGCGCAAAAGUCUCUAAUUAAUUACAUUUCUUUGAUACCAAUGAUUAAAAAAAAUUUGAAAUCCACGUGAUGGAUAUACCUAGCUGAUUCCUGCAAGUUUAAUACAGACUGUUCACUCUUUUCCCCUGCCGUCAUCGUUGCUUUGUUUGCUUUAUUCUGUAGAAAUUAUAUUAGCAAACAAAUUAUAUUUUUUUGACUAUUUUUUGUGUGUGUUACUACACUUUACUCAGAAUAAAUCUAAAUACAAAAUUUCGCCUAAUUCUAGCAUUACUUAUUACUAACUUAUGCCCGUGAUUUCAUCCGAGUCGAUUUACGUUUUGAAAAUCCCGUGAGAACUCUUUGAUUUUCCGGGAUAAAAAGUAGCCUAUGUGACUCUCUCCAUGUCCUAAA